AUGGUGCUGAGUGGAGACAAGCAGUCCCAGAAUGGCUUUAUUUCCAACAGCGGGAACAGUGCUUCUUGUGGGGCUCUGCGGGAAGGACACAAGAGGGCGGCCACACAGGGCCAGCAGCUCAAAGCCACCCGCGGCUCGGCUCGGUGGGAGAAAGAGGAGACUUUCUGUUACCGUGAGGAUGAGGACGCCCACCUGGUCACCCAGCUCAAGUGCAUGUGGAGCUGGUUGGAACGAAGCGGAGACGGCAGCUCCCCGGGCCUGCUCAUCACCAGUGGUGUCAACCCUGACCAUUUGGCCCUUGGUGUCCACGUACGCACGCAACUCUAUCACUACAUCGCCACGAAGAUGGCUAACCUAGAAGACAGGACAAGUGAAGCCAAGGAUGCUCCAGCCCCAGGCCAGGCCACCCCAGAUGCAGGGACAAGUGAAGCCAAGGAUGCUCCAGCCCCAGGCCAGGCCGCCCCAGAUGCAGGGACAGUGGAGCCAGUCCCGAGCCAGGCAAUCCCAGAUGCAGGGAUCAGUGAACCCAAGGGGGAUCCAUCCCCAAGCCAGGAAAACCCAGACCCAGGGCCCAGUGCAGGGAAAGAUGCCCCAGCCCCAGCCUCAACGCAGGAAGGCCCGGGUGCAGGGAAGGUGGAUCCAGCCCCAGGCCAGGCCAGUGCAGCUGCAGGAGAACUCAGUGAAGCACAUGUGGAUCCAGCCUCCAACAGCUCUCGCACAAGCACUGGACACUCCAAAGACCCCGCGGUCCCCAGGAACAAUGACACAGCUCUGGCCCAAGCCACGCGCAGCCAGGAAGUCGUCACAAACACACCAGCGUCCAGAGACAAAGGCAGCCAGAGCCUAGCGUGUGGGAGCCCCGGUGAAGCACUCAGGGGGGCCUCGCCAUCCCCAAGUCAGCCUUGCAGCACAGCUGCGGGGGGUACUCUGGGACAACAGGGUCCUGGGACUAGUCCCAGCGUCACAUCUCCAAAGACACCUGCCAUCUCAACGGCGCCAGUCACCGACCAAGGAGAGAAAUCGGCUGCCGGCGACGUGCCAGUCUUCCCGGGAACCACUGCCUUCACCACCCUGCUGCCACCUGCCCCCGCACCCCCCAGCUCCAGCAUGCAACCCACCUUCGUGCUUGGGAACAACCGGGUCCAGUGUGAGGCCCCCGAAAAGCCAGAUGAGAAGAUGCUGGUUCUGAACCUGACGAAGACCAGCCUCUGCCAGGCAAAGAGCCCUCCCGAUGAGAACUUGAUCACCGUUCUGUGUAAAACAGCAAAAUCCUCCUUCAACCCCGCUCGGGACCAGUGCCACAUCCGGCUGGCGCCCGUCCCAGAAGACCAGGCCGUGCUGGUCAAGCAGAUCUCUGUCCAGACAAUCCUCCAGCCCGGCGACAUCUAUGAGCGGCUGAAGGACAAAUGGGAUGACUUACAAGAGGUGGGGGUCAGUGACAUGCAGCUGGGUGACCAGGGGCCCCCGGAGGAGGCCGAGGACCGCUUCAGCAUGCCCCUCAUCAUCACCAUCGUCUGCAUGGCCUCCUUCCUGCUCCUCGUCGCCGCUCUGUACGGCUGCUGCCACCAGCGCCUCUCCCACAGGAAGGACCAGCAACGCCUGACCGAGGAGCUGCAGACCGUGGAGAACGGCUACCAUGACAACCCAACGCUGGAAGUGAUGGAGACCUCGUCCGAGAUGCAGGAGAAGAAGGUGGUCAAUCUCAAUGGGGAGCUGGGGGACAGCUGGAUCGUCCCCUUGGACAACCUGACCAAGGAAGAGCUGGAGGAGGAGGAAGACACACACCUCUAGCCAGGCUGCUGGCGCCGCCGAGCUGCCUGACCACCUCAAGUGCUGUUUGGACCAGGGAGGCAGAGUCCUUCCCGUGGUGGAAGGGGAGACGAGGAGGGAGGUUGGACUCAGGGCUCUGUCUUCUCAAACCCCUCACGGGGCCUUACUUUUUCCCUCUUCAAGCCGAACCACCUUCUGUCUAGUUUCCUCUUGCAAAAUACCCACUAGUGCCUGAGCGCAGUGCCACUGGAAGAUGAGAGGGAGAGCUGGGGGGCGGGGACCUCAAAGAGCUAAGUGACUUGCCAAGGUCACAUGGCCACUUGGGGACAGAGCCACUCAGGAUGACGACAAAGGACAAGACCCCCGUCCCUCAGCCCAGGGCGUGUCUCCAUCAGGCCAUGCCGCCGCCUUCGCCUCUACCCUCCCGCCAGAAGGGACACCUGGGACAGAGUCAGAGCCAGAUCGUGCGUCAGUGCGGCUGGCUGCUUGGGAGAAGGGCCAGCAGGGACCCCGUUGUCCAUGGCACGCAGACUUGGGGUUGAAGAUGAAGCUCCACUCCCCAGCAUCCAGCAGGAGUGGUGGACAGACCGGGCCAGGGGCAGGGGGACACUCUUCCCCUUCUGCCAGCACCCGAUGAGUGUAACGGACAACAGCCACUGAGAACAGCCCGGAGGACAGGCCUCCCCCUUUUCUCCACACAGGAAACUCAGGGACUUGCCAGUAGCCGAGUUUGGUUCUGUUUGUUUUGUAACCCAGCCCCCACACUGCCAAAGGCCAAAGCUCAAAUUGUUGGCAGGCUCCCCUGUGCCAUGGGGCAUUGGGCUGGGGCCUGCACUGUUUCCCAGGGGCUGGCUGGCAGAGUGGCUGGGGGCCUGGCCAGCCCCUGGGGACCCCUCCCUGCCCCCUCUCCUCUGUGCCUUGCAGGGCUGCUGUUCUCCUCCCUGCCAUGUCUGGUGGCAAAUGACACAGAAGCCAGGCCUGGGCCCGUGUGGAGUCCCCAGGAGAGCCCAGUGGGUAGUGUCGAGGCCUGGGCAAGAGGGUGCCUGAUGGGCGGAGCAGGUGGGAUCCCACAUGGAAAUUGAACUUGGCCACGGACUCUAUUCUUCCUGGGCCCAGGGAUCCUCUCUGGGCUUCUGGACGUUAAUUCUCUGCUACAAUCUAGGAACCAGGGCUGAAUGAGGAUUUCAGGGCAGGGCCAGACCCCAGGUUGGCGUUGGGGCUGGGGCUGUAGGAGGCAGGCUGGGGGGCCUGGGAGAGUUCUGGCUACCCCGGCUGUCUGCUGUGGGACAGCUGGUCCCCUCACUGGCUGCCUGAGAGACUCCUGGACCCCCAGCAGGGCCUGCCAGGACAGGAACAAGGCUGGGCCUGUGGAAAUGGGGGCAGUGUGCUGAGAAGGGGCCUGCUUGCUGUUCCUCGUCAGCAGGGCUCAUACAGACAGGUGACAAGGAGAGAGGGCAAAUGCUGCCAAGUCAGGACGAGCCGGGGUUCAGGCUUUGCUGGCUGGUGACCUGGUGACUGAGCUGAAGCAGUGUCCUUUGCUAGUACAUCUGCACCAGGGCAGUGUCCUCCCUGGGUUCUGGAUGCUGCCGGAUGGCCACAGGGCGCAGGCAAUCUGUCUGUGUUGGUAAUCUCCUUAAGCUGCAGAAGGAUGGGGCUGGCGGUGGGGUUGGGGCAGAGUAGCAGUGUGGGCGAAGUGGGUAGCAUGUGCUGGGCCCCACGGUACAGAAUAUGGGUUUAAUCCAGUCUGGUCGCCACCCUGCUGCCCCUGCCUCCUCGGUGAGCAAAACUAGCAGAACAUUUAUUCAGAUCACCUCUUGAGCUUCAUCCUUUCUGUGUAUGCUGGUGAGACUUGGGAAGUCAGGUUCAACUGGAUACUAAACAUAUAUAUAUAUGGUUUUUGAUCUUGUAAAUACAAUGGCCACAUGUUAAUCCACACUGCACUGUGCACGGCUUUCAGUGAGUAUAUUUUAAGAUUUUUUUUUUUUUUUGGUUUAGUUUUGAACAGGUGUGUACUUGUCCAUUUUGGUAGAAGUGACUGGGUUCUGCUUGAUGUGACCAGAUAGGCCGAGGAAGAAUGUUGGUUUUCCAGAUCAGGCUUUUUAAGUUUAUGAAGAACGAGCCCCUCGCCCAUUCCCAGCCAAGGCUCUGCUGUCGUGCUGAGAGGCUGGGUCCACCCUAGGAGACGGGGACAGAAUCACUCAACUGGUUAGGAUGCAAGUCAUAAGCCCUAGGCAACAGACUAUGUGCCCCAGAAGCCAAGAUUAAGUGCCUGGCCACUAACCACAAAGUCGGCAGUUCAAACCCACUGGAUGGUUUAUGAGAGAAAGAUGUGGCUGUCUGAAGUGCCCUGGACAGCCCUUCUUCGUAGGACAUGAGGACAAAAGGAGCCCCACUCGUCUUUGAUGCUUUUCCAAAGCCCUUAGGUACCAGGGUCCAAGGAGCAGCUCUGCUCUUCCUCCUGGCCAGGGCCUGAGUUUGGCAGGGCUCGGGGUGGGCGGGCCCCACGCGGAGGCAGGGACGAGAGGGCAGCGUGUUGUCGCCCAUGGCUGAUUGAUACGUUAGGUCUCCUGAGAACCCACCACUGAGGAAGGGGCGGGUGCUGCUGCUGCUGGAGGUGGGCCUCUGGGUCACAAAUGAAUGUUGAACACCGGCUGCUGGGGUGGGGUGGAGCCAUGUGUCUUAGCGGACAGGGGUCUGAAGUACACUGGAAUUUACCGAGAAACUCGUUUGUAAAGACUACUAUAGUUAAUUAUUGCAUUUUCUUACCAAAAAAGUAUCUAUUUUGGAAAUUGUCCAUUAAAGUGCUUUGAUGUA